UUGAAGUCAGUCAAUAAAAGGCAUGUAGAAGACUUGGGGAAGAACUUAAAACCUCAGCCAAAAAUCCCUAUUCUUCAACAAUCUACAGAGAGAUGCAUCUCUACAAUUCAUGGCUUCCUUCACCGAUAGUAGAAGAAACCAAAAAAGAGAAAGAAUCAUUCUCACAUGUUGUUCGAUCACUCAAGGAAUCAUGGACACCAGACGAUCCAGAAUCUGUCUAUUCAACUCUGAAAUGGAUUUCAGUUAUCGACCUUUUUAUAAAGGCGAAAAGCGAAGUUUCUUUGGAAGAAGUUGGGGAAGUAGUGCAAAUCGGAUUACAACUGUUUCACAUGUCACAGAGCAAACUUUAUGCCCAGGUUAGAUGGGGGAACGUUUUAUGCCGAUUAGUGAAUAAGUAUGGGAAAAAGUUGUCCCUAAAGGUGCAAUGGCGACCUCUUUAUGAUACUUUAAUGCAAACACAUUUCACACGAAAUACUGGGCCGGAAGGAUGGAGAUUGAGACAGAGACAUUUUGAGGCUGUAACAUCCCUUAUUAGAUGUUGCAGGAAGUUCUUCCCUUCAGGUUCUGCCGCUGAGAUAUGGUCCGAAUUCAGAUUGCAGUUGGAAAAUCCAUGGCAUAACACUGCCUUCGAUGGUUCUGGAUUUAUGAAGUUGUUUCUUCCUACAAACUCAGAAAAUCAGGACUUCUUUUCACAGGAUUGGAUCAAACACUGCAUAGGUCAAUGGGAUAUUGUACCGAAUUGUCAGUUUUGGGACAGUCAGUGGGUUGCUGUUAUUGGUCGUUGUAUUAAGAACUACAGUUUCAUUGACUGGGAGGAUAUCUUACCUGACCUGUUUACUCGAUACUUAAAUAUGUUCGAGGUACCUGUUGCAAAUGGAAAUGCUUCAUACCCGUACCCUAUGGAUGUCCCGAGAAACACGAGGUUCUUGUUCUCCAACAAAGCGAUAACUCCAGCUAGGGACAUUGCCAAAUCAAUUGUUUAUCUUUUAAAGCCUGGAAGUUCGACACAAGCAUAUUUUGAGAAAUUGGUCAACCUCUUAGAGCAGUACUACCACCCCUCUAAUGGAGGUCGCUGGACUUACUCUUUAGAGCGUUUCUUGCGUUACUUGGUUAUUACCUUCCAAAAGCGUCUUCAGCGUGAACAAGAGAACACUGAUGACAAGAGGCAGAUAGAACAAUAUCUUGGAAAAGAAGAAAGAACAUUAUUUGUCAAAGUGGUACUUAAGUUAAUUGAUCGUGGUCAAUACAGCAAAAAUGAAUCUCUUGCUGAAACUGUUGCUGCUGCAACCUCCAUUUUGGCAUAUGUGGAGCCUUCUCUAGUACUUCCUUUUAUAGCAUCUCGGUUUCAUAUGGCAUUGGAGACAAUGACAGCUACUCACCAACUGAAGACUGCUGUCACAUCAGUAGCAUUUGCUGGACGGGCACUCUUUCUUGCAUCUGUCUCAUCUUCUUCUGAUGAAAAGGACAUCGAAAUCAGAAAUGGUUACACCGAUCUUCUAAUGAGUUCAUUGUCAAAUGCCUUACUUGGUAUGGAUGCCAAUGAUCCUCCAAAGACCAUGGCAACCAUGCAAUUGAUUGGUUCCAUGUUUUCAAACAUUGCUAUGUUAGAUGAUACUGAAGAUGGGCUGGCAUUUAUGUCAGCCAUUAGCUUCUCUGAAUGGCUUGAUGAGUUCUUGUGUCGACUAUUUUCUUUAUUGCUGCACUUGGAACCUGGUGCUGUUCUAAGCGAAAGUGUCAACCCAUCAGCAACAUCAGGGACUUUUCUAGUCGAAGAGGGUCCUUACUAUUUUUGCAUGCUGGAGAUAUUGCUCGGGAAACUGUCCAAACCUUUAUUCCGUCAGGCUUUGAAGAAAAUUUCUAAGUUUGUUACGACAAAUAUUCUUCCUGGAGCUAUUGGGGAAAUUGGACUUCUUUGUUGCGCAUGCAUUCAUUCUAAUCCAGAUGAGUCAGCUUGUCAAUUGAUCGAACCUAUCUUGAAGUCUAUCAUAUCAUCCUUAAAAGGGACACCCAGUACUGGUUUUGGAGGAACGGGAAUUUCUGAUCCGUCCCUUGCAGCAAAGGCAAAGCCAACUCUUUCUCCAGCGCUGGAAACAGCAGUUGAUUACCAGUUGAGGAUAUUAUCUGUUGCCAUCAGUUAUGCCGGUCCAGUCCUUCUUCAUUACAAGGACCAAAUGAAGGAAGUGAUCAUGGCUUCCUUUGAAGCCCCAUCAUGGAAGGUUAAUGGAGCAGCUGAUCAUGUUCUUCGAUCUCUCCUUGGAAGCUUGGUUCAUUAUUAUCCUAUUGACCAAUAUAAGUGUAUUCUACAUCAUCCUGAUGCUGCUCCUUUAGAGGAAUGGAUUAGUGCAAAAGGUUUUCAUAGCGAGGUCCAGUCGUUGCGCCCUAAGUGGCACAUUCCUGUACAGGAGGAAGUCAUAUUUGCAAAUGAGCUGUUAAACCUUCAUCUUGGAUCAGCCUUAGAUGAUCUUCUCAGAAUAUGUCAGGCUAAAAUUCACUCUGACCCGGGAAAUGAGAAAGAACACUUAAAAGUUACUCUUUUACGCAUCGAUUCUUCACUUCAAGGCGUUCUUUCAUGCUUGCCCGAUUUUCGUCCAUCAUUGAGGAAUAAGAGGGUCAAAGGUGUAGAUGAUUUUUCUUUCUUAAUUGCUGGAGCAACUGGUUCAACUGUUGGAAGCUCUGAACUAAGGGAAAAAGCAGCUGAAAUCAUACACGUGGCUUGCAAGUAUUUAUUGGCAGAAAGAUCGGAUGAUAGCAUCCUUUUGAUACUCAUUGUUCGUAUAAUGGAUGCGUUAGGAAACUUUGGAAGCUUGGAGUUUGAUGACUGGUCAAAUCAUCGGCAGGCCUGGAAAUCGGAAUCUGCUGCCAUAAUAGAGCCUCCAAUAAAUUUUAUUGUGUCAUCUCAUUCCAAAGGAAAAAGAAGGCCCAGAUGGGGACUUAUUGACAAGGCAUACAUGCAUAACACUUGGAGAUCAUCACAGGCAUCAUAUCAUCUGUUCCGUAUGAAUGGAAAUCUAUCUCCGUCAGAUCAUGUGUUUCUUUUACUAGAUGAUAUUUUGAGCCUUUCAUUGCAUAGCUAUGAAACUGUUCGUGCGCUUGCUGGGAAAUCCCUCCUUAAGAUUCUCAAGCGGUGGCCAUUCAUGAUUUCAAAGUGUGUUCUGGCCCUGACCGAAAACUUACUCAAUCCAGACGCAUCAGAACAUAUAGUGCUUGGAUCCUGCUCAAUUCUUGCCACACAAACUGUUCUCAAGCAUUUGACCACGGAUCUAAAAUCCUUCUCCGCAUUUCUCCUGAGCAUCCUCACAAGCUCUCAUCAUGAAUCGCUGAAAGCCCAGAAAGCUAUCAAUGAGCUGUUUGUUAAAUACAACAUCCAUUUCGCGGGACUAUCGAGGAGUAUUUUCAGGAAAUCUGGUAAUCAUUUAGAUGAACCAGAGUUUUCAGAUUUGGUUUCUCAGAUUGCUUCUCUGAGUUUUGACACCUCGGGGUUGCAUUGGCGGUACAAUUUGAUGGCUAACAGAGUAUUGCUACUGUUAACUAUGGCUUCUAGGAGCGACCCUGAUACAUCUUCGAAAAUUUUGAGCCAAACUACGGGUCAUUUCUUGCAAAAUUUGAAGAGUCCACUUCCUCAGACAAGGAUACUUGCAAUUUCAGCUCUAAAUACCUUGUUGAAAGAAUCACCAUACAAAAUCCCGGAGCAUGAUUUGUCUGGAGACUUCGAAGGGAACAUCAAGUCUUCUGUUGAAGGGUCUUUGAGCCAAAUAUUUCAGGAGGAGGGAUUUUUUUCCGAGACACUGAAUAGCCUUUCUCAUGUGCAUGUAACAACUGAUACUGAUGGAAAUUCAUCCAGAGGAAAUCACGCAGCAUCUAUUCAGAACUUGGCGGACAAGUCGAUCACUCUUUUCUAUUUCGACUUUUCAACUUCAUGGCCUCGCACUCCUAGUUGGAUUUCUAUGCAUGGAAAUAAUACCUUCUUUUCAAACUUUGCUCGGAUUUUCAAGCGAUUGAUUCAAGAAUGUGGUAUGCCAGUUGUAUUAGCACUCCAGAGAGCAUUAGAGGAGUUUUCAGAUGCUAAGGAGAGAUCUAAGCAAUGUGUGGCUGCUGAAGCACUUGCAGGAGUACUGCAUUCUGAUGUAAAAGGUCUAUUAGGAGCAUGGGACAGCUGGAUAAUGAUCCAACUGCAGAAGAUCAUUUUAGCACCUUCUGUAGAGUCUAUUCCUGAGUGGACUGCUUGCAUCCGUUAUGCAGUUACAGGGAAAGGAAAACGCGGAACAAAAGUUCCUCUUCUUAGGCAAAAGAUCAUGAAUUGCCUGUUGACUCCUUUGCCUCAGACAGUGGCUACAAAUGUAGUUGCAAAGAGAUAUAUUUUUCUUUCGGCUGUACUGAUUGAACUCUCCGCACCAAGGAUGCCAAUGGCAGAGAUCCAGUUUCAUGAUUGUCUUCUGGUUGAGUUGCUGGAUAACAUGAGCCAUUCAUCGGCCCAAGUAAGGGAAGCAAUUGGUGUUACCCUGUCUGUGUUGUGCUCAAAUAUAAGGCUUUCUACACUUACCCGGAACCAUUCUGAUGAAGUGGGAAGUACAGAAGGUUAUACAUUUAAAAGGGAAAACUGGGAUCAGCUUCUAACACAUAAGGCUUCUGAACUGGCUGCAAAUAUCCAGAAUGCUGGUCAAGCUAACAGUUUGGAGUCCGUAUCUCGUGAUAGUGGGCUUUCAGACUCCGAGUCACAAGAUGUUAAAUGGAUGGAAACGAUAUUCCAUUUUAUCAUUUCAUCUUUGAAGUCUGGAAGGUCUUCACUUUUGCUGAACGUAAUUGUGGAUCUUAUUCAUCCUGUUGUCGCAUUGCAGGAAACAUCAAAUAAAGACUUGUCAACACUUGCCAAGGCAUCUUUUGAAUUGCUAAAGUGGAGAAUACUUCCAGAGCCCCAUCUUCAAAAGGCUGUCUCGGUGCUUCUUUCUUUAGCAACUGAUGGCAAUUGGCGAACCAGAUAUGCAACUCUGACAUAUCUAAGAAGUUUUAUGUACAGGCACUUUUUUGUUCUUUCACGUGAUGAGAAACAAGAAAUCUGGAAAAGCACUGAAAAGCUACUCACAGACUCUCAAGUUGAGGUAAGGGAACAUGCUGCUGGAGUUCUUGCAGGCUUGUUAAAGGGUGGGGAUGAGGAUUUGGUCGGUGAAUUCCGUAGUAAAGCAUUUGCGGAAGCCUUUUCCAUUCAAAAGAAAGCAAGGAAGAGAGUCUCAAGUUCAAACCAGUUCAUAGCUUUGACACAUGGCGCAGUCCUUGCUUUGGCAGCCUCUGUAUUAUCAGUUCCUUAUGACAUGCCCAGUUGGCUUCCUGAGCAUGUAACAUUAUUGGCUCGUUUUAUCGGAGAACCAUCACCUAUAAGAUCUACAGUUAUGAAAGCAGUUGCCGAAUUUCGAAGGACCCAUGCCGACACAUGGAGUAUUCAGAAGGACUCUUUUAAUGAAGAGCAACUUGAGGUUUUGGCUGAUACUUCUUCUUCAUCAUCAUAUUUCGCUUGAUCUGUUUGUCUUCCUCGACUAGAAAAGCAGAACUCUUAUAGAAUAAAAAGGAACUGAAUAUAGAGAUAUAGAGAAGUAGAAUUUAUCGAGAUGUUAAUUGAUGGAAAAGAAUCAGAAUUGGAGCUAGUGUAAGAGUUCUAGAAAAUGGGUUUUCAACUUUUCAUUAGUCUGAUGUGGUUCAAAUCUGCUCGAAUUAUAUCUGGUUACAUUUUGAAUCUCUCUUUUCAUUAAUUUUUAUUAUUAUAUGUAGACAUUGCAUCUGUUUAUAUACAGUAAACUCAUCUCACAGAAUCGUGCACUCGGCACACUUGC